AUGCCAAGAGCAAGAGCAAUGUUUUCCAGGUUAAAGCCGUUGAUCACCCGGCAUCCAACCACCACCCACAGUCGCUGCAUGGCUAAAGAGGAGACCCUCCCAUUCUACAAACCAGACCAGUUCUAUCCCGUCCACACAGGCGAGCUUCUCCACGCAACGUACCAAGUUAUCGGUAAACUAGGAUACGGGGCCUAUUCCACCGUGUGGCUAUGCCAUGAUCAGCGUAAUCGCAUCCAUGUAGCAGCCAAAGUUCUGACGGCCGCAUUCUCAGGGCAAAAGUCUAGAGAGGUGGAAGUUUACCAACACCUGAGCCGGCUGGGUCGAUCCCACGUCGGAAGUGCCUCCAUUCGGGGGCUGUAUGAUAUGUUCGAUAUAUCUGGACCAGACGGCCUGCACCGAUGCUUGGUGCAAAUGUCGAUGCACGCGCUGCGAAUGCGAGCUGGGUCUGGUAAACUCAAUAUCAAAGCAUCAAACAUCAUGCUCAGCAUUGACGAUGAGACAAUCCUGUCGAAUUUCGAAAGGACAGAAGCAGAGCAUCCCAGCCCCCGGAAGACCGUGGACGCCAAUCGCACGAUAUACGUAUCGCGGAAGCUUCCUUCUCCGAAGCGAGAUCGAUGGGGUCAACCCGUACUAUGUGAUCUCGGGGAAGCUAGAAUUGGCAAGCUCCAUAGAGGGGAUAUCCAACCCAACAUCUAUAAAGCUCCGGAGGUCCUGUUUGACAUGCCGUGGAGCUUUAGUGCUGAUAUAUGGAUCGUCGGUGUCAUGAUCUGGGAUAUCUUUGAAAACAAGCAUCUGUUCAAUGCACUUGACGAAGACAGGGACUACUCCCCAUCCCAUCAUGUCGCCGAGAUGGUGGCAUACCUAGGAGUCCCACCGCUUCACUUUCUCCAGCGCAGCGAGGAAACGCGCAAUGUCUUUGACGAGAAGGGCCAAUGGUUAGGGGCAGGUGGAGUGUCCGUUCCAUCGAUCUCAUUAGAAGAAUCGGAGGAGAACCUCGAAGGACCAAACAAGCAACUCUUUUUGCAGUUCCUGCGGUCAAUGCUGCGGUGGGUUCCUGAGGAGAGGAAACUGCAAAGGAAUUAUUGGACGACCCUUGGUUGAACGCUGAAUAGGGAUAUCAUGUGGUUCAAUGCAGGUGAAGCUAUACAGCAUGCAUGAAUAAUUCUGGGCCUCUAUGAAAUGAGGACGAUUUGACGAAAUUCUUCCCAGAUCGCUGGAGAUCACCUACAAUGUCCCGUACAUGAAACAUAAUGUUGUUG